AUGGCUCAACAAAACAAAAAGAAAACUUCAACAAAGCUUUCUUCAAAUCGUCGUAAUCGUACCGAUAGAAUUAUUACAUUUGAACAACUUUCACCAGAAAUUAUUUAUGAAAUUUUCGAUUAUCUGACAGGUAACGAAAUUUAUAUAUCAUUUUUUGGCCUCAAUAAACAUAUCAAUGAACUUGUUCGUCAUACACCUAGUCUUCAUUUGGAUUUAUCUCAAACAACAACAAAAUUUUAUCGUAGCUUUCAAAAAAUAUUUUGUGAGAAGAAUAUUGUUUCAGUUAUAGUAGGCUCUGACGAUAUUUAUUUAUUAAAAAGGCUAUCCAGUUCGACUGACAGAAUAAGAUUGAAAUCAAUUUCUAUGUUAGACUUAUCUUUACAUAUAUUUCAAACUAGAAUACCUGAAACAUUGAACAAUUUCAAAAAUGAAUUAGUUAGUUUGAAAAUUCAAUUAAUGAAUAUAAGAUCCCAUGGAACUGCGGCUGAGACUGCUCAAUCUUUUCAAUAUAUACUUACACAAUUGCCACUAUUAAAAUAUCUUACAUUGGACGGUUAUGAUGACAUUAAUGAAAUAACAUAUUUAGAUUCUUCUAUUAUUAAUAAUACUGUCGUACGUUUAACAAUUUCUAUAAUUGAUCGUGUGCGUUGGGUAUCAUUAUUACAUCGAUUUGCAAAAUUAAUAGUAUUCACAGUUGAUUUUCGUUUUGAAAAUCAGAGAAAAAGAGUAGCUCCUCGAGAUUCUAAUUCUUAUUUUGUAAGUCAAAUACAUGAAGAAUUAUCAAUCGAUCUGCCUUUUCGACUUCGUCAUGUCAAAAUCUAUCAAUACAAUAUGAUAUUGGAAAAUUUUGAAGAAUUGUUUCAACUUAUAAUUUCGCCAACUUUAUUGACUUUAAGUUUUUUUAAUUGUCUACGUCCUUUUACGAGAUUUCCGUUGCCGAAGAGGCAACCUCCUUUUCUCGAUGGUACACAAUGGCAUGAUUUGAUGAAAAAAUAUUUAUUACCAACAAUGAAACGAUUCUAUAUUGAGUACGAAGAUGUUGAUAAUACUAUGUCUAUGACAAAUCUUGUACAAGUUAAAAAACAAUUCAUGAAAUAUAGUGGACCGAAUUUACUAUGGGAAGUAAAAUGUUCAUAUGAUCAAAAAACAAAAUUUCUUUCUUUUCAUUUCAUCUUUGUAUGAAUAAAUCUUAUUUGAAAAAUAAUCACUAUGAAGUUUUGUCUAAAUACAAUAAGGAUUAUUGAAUUUUUUCAGUGAUUGAUCCACAGCUAUGUACUGAUCAAACUGUUAUCAGUGUUCUCUCGAACAUCAAUACAUUGAUACAAGCAGCAUAUGACGGCUUAGAAACAUUCUGUAGUUCUAAUUGAUAUAACUUUACAGACAGUGAACAGUCGAUCAUUUUUAUGAGUAGAAGAUGAACUUCUACACAACGAUGUCAUAUCAAAGAAAAAAUACAAAUGCGAAUAAAAUGUAUGGAGCAUCGCUGUCACCUACAAAAACUAGAUAGACAGAGAAGAUCAUUGAUAAUGACUGUUAUUAUUAUUGCGGUGAUUGGCGAUAAUAAAUACAAUCAAAUUGGCGGGAAGAGAAAUUCUCCAAGAAUACUCAAAUAGAGCUAUAGCAUACACAUUGUGUUCACGUUUUUCUUUCUAAUCAAUAUAAGCCAAUUAAUUGUUCGUGUCGUAUCCAUUGUAACUGUAUCGAAAUGCAAGAGCAAGACAAUGGUUACAAAAAUUUAUGUUUGUGGUGAUGAAUUUAUAAAGAAAAAAAAAUAGUGUGUGAGCAAACUCAAAGCGAUUUUCAUCUAUCUAAUCACGAAGCUUAAUCGCUGCGUUCAAAUAAAUAUGAACCUAUCAUACUUGAGAAAAGUUGAAGAAAGUAUCGCUUUUUUCGAACCCUACAAUAAAGCCUUUAUUUAUAUGUUCUUAAUAAAUAAUUGAAGAAAAGAAAAUUCUUUAAAUUUUCUAAAGAGAAAUGUUGUUCAAUUGCUUUUGAGAUUAAUGAAUACUAUCAUUGAAAUCAGAUAGCUGCUACUUGUGGUUGCUGUGGUCAGUACUGCAUUCGCAAGUAUGUUACAUGAGCGAACACGUUACACAGAUACGCGUUUUUGUAAUAUAGAUAUAUUGUAUUUAUUCAGAUCCAUAUUGAAAAAAUGAACAAUAUUAAUGAUUAAAAUUGUCUGAAUUGUUCAAUGGAAAAGUGUGAAAAAAUAAUGUCGAUAGACAUGGCAUUUUAUUAGCAUAGGAAAGAAUCAGUAGACUAACUUGAGAAAAUUGAAGUCCAUUGCAUAUGAAACAUAUUAUGAAAAUCUCAUAAAAAUUUCUCGUAUUGGUUUAACUAAUUUCGUUGUUGUAAGUAAUGUGUUAAAAUACGUCAUUGUUGGUGAUAUACUGUUUUGAAGUACUUGUACGAAAUAGAUUUGAACUAUUUUUAUUUGGACCGUUGGAACUCAUUUGUAGGAUAUUUUUGAAGAAUAGUCUACUUUUGCUUUUCUGUAUUCUUGUUUUCCAUUCUUUGUUAAUUUGUAAUAAUGAUACGAAUGAAAAACAGAAGAACGAAGUAUAGUUUCAUUUCUUCUUCAGUUCCUACACUCUUGAAGAUGUUGCUAUGCUUGUAGGCAUCAAUCUUGAUUAGAGCAACACUUAUGUUUCAUAUUUUUUAUUUUGGCAAAAUUAAAAUGGUAACAAUAUCUAAAGCAAAUAUUUAUAGCAAUAUACAUAUAUAUAAUCCUGUUAGUGGAUUCAUUGUGGACUGACAAUUGGUAUUCGCCGAGUUCGUUUCAGUAAAAGUAAAUCUUGCCACUUUAGUUUCUUGAAAAUAGUUGAUAAAGAGGUCAGACAUAAAAAUGGAUAUAAUAGAACAACAAAAUAACAUAGAAAGUCGAAGUAUAAUUGAGCUGUAGCGCCUAUAUUAUCUGAUAAACCGCAAAUAUGAGAGAAAAUUAAAAUAUUCAAUGGAAUAUUCGGAAUAAGAUAUAGUGUACAUUUAAAUAGAAGGUAGAUUAUCGUUUUACGCUGUUUAUGCCAUCGGAUUGUUUGACGAGCACGUAAUUCUCUAUAAUGAAUAUGAAUAAUAAGAAUGAUGGUUGAAAUGCUAAUAAUACAUGUUGGUAGAAUAUUAUUUACAAUCGAAUCCCAUAUACCAAGAUAGUCAUUAUCCAAAUAACAUGGAAAAUCAUUACAAACAGGUAGUGUAUAAUCAUACGUAUUCAUACGUGGUGGAAACGUUAUUACUAUUAUGUAGAAAACUACUAUAUAGACAAGUAAUAUACUUAUAGGUAAAUAAUGAAAAAGUAAACGUUUUUUUCUGUUGGCAAACAUGCCAUCGUGGAAUAUUAAUAAAUAAAGAUGAACAGAAUACCAUGCCAUAAUUAUAGUGCAUCCGUUGUAUAGACCGAUAUUCAUUAACCACCAAAUAAGACACGUAGAUGGGAUCGAUGGUCGAACAUUACCAAAAUGUAAAAAACUUACGAGGGAAGGCCACCAACUGCCUCCUCGCUUUUGAGCUGAAACUCAGUUGACAAUAGGUAAUCGAACGUGCUGAUUCCGAAUAUCACAAUGGUUUUUCUCCUCUUUCGAUUUAAAGACCCGUUUUUUAAAGAUCUUGGCUUUUCAACCGAAAAAUCAUUUUCGCCAAAAACAUUUUUUGACCUGUCCAAAUAAAAGAGCACGUCGUCAAACCUACAGAAAACAAUUUUUCAAGGUUUUAAGCGAGGUUUUGAGCGAGCUUUCUGCGUCUUAAACUUUAAAAAAGAUGGAAAAACCGCUAAUAUUCUUACACAA